UUACGCGAUGAUUGGUAGAAACAAUGUCAAUCUAUGUCUCUGAUCGUGGUUAGAGUCAUUGCGUAGAGACUCCAGUGGUUUGGGACUGUAUUUGGACGUAAAAUGGCGCUUACCACUCAAGGAACAAAGAAGAAAGUUUGUUAUUAUUAUGAUGGCGAUGUUGGAAAUUAUUACUAUGGCCAGGGCCACCCUAUGAAGCCACACAGAAUCCGCAUGACACACAACCUCCUGCUCAACUAUGGGUUAUAUAGGAAGAUGGAAAUUUACCGGCCCCACAAAGCCAAUGCAGAAGAGAUGACCAAAUAUCACAGCGACGACUACAUCAAGUUCCUGCGGUCCAUUCGCCCCGACAAUAUGUCUGAGUACAGCAAGCAGAUGCAGAGAUUUAACGUGGGAGAGGACUGCCCGGUGUUUGACGGCUUAUUUGAGUUCUGUCAGCUUUCCACAGGAGGGUCUGUAGCUGGAGCCGUGAAGCUGAACAAACAGCAGACGGACAUUGCCAUUAACUGGGCCGGAGGGCUUCAUCACGCCAAGAAGUCUGAGGCGUCGGGGUUCUGCUAUGUCAAUGACAUCGUCUUGGCCAUCCUGGAGCUGCUUAAGUACCACCAAAGAGUGCUGUACAUUGACAUUGACAUCCACCAUGGGGAUGGAGUGGAGGAGGCUUUCUACACCACAGACCGUGUCAUGACCGUGUCCUUCCACAAGUACGGGGAGUACUUCCCUGGCACCGGAGACCUCAGAGACAUUGGAGCGGGGAAGGGCAAGUACUACGCUGUAAACUACCCACUCAGGGAUGGAAUAGACGACGAGUCUUAUGAAGCCAUUUUCAAACCUAUUAUGGCCAAAGUGAUGGAGAUGUACCAGCCCAGUGCAGUAGUGCUACAGUGUGGAGCAGACUCUCUGUCUGGGGAUCGACUUGGCUGUUUUAACCUCACUAUUAAAGGCCAUGCCAAGUGUGUGGAAUACAUGAAGAGCUUCAACCUGCCACUGCUGAUGUUGGGUGGGGGAGGGUACACCAUCCGUAACGUGGCCCGCUGUUGGACCUUUGAGACGGCCGUAGCCCUGGACAGCUCCAUUCCCAACGAGCUCCCAUACAACGAUUACUUUGAGUACUUUGGGCCUGACUUCAAACUGCACAUCAGCCCUUCCAACAUGACCAACCAGAAUACAAACGACUACCUGGAGAAGAUCAAGCAGCGUCUGUUUGAGAACCUGCGCAUGCUCCCCCACGCCCCGGGCGUCCAGAUGCAGGCCAUCCCCGAGGACGCAGUGCAGGACGACAGCGGAGACGAGGAGGAGGAAGACCCCGACAAGCGCAUCUCCAUCCGUGCCCAUGACAAGAGGAUAGCCUGCGAAGAGGAGUUCUCAGAUUCUGAGGACGAAGGCCAGGGCGGGCGCAGGAACACAGCCAACUACAAGAAGGCCAAGCGAGUGAAAACGGAGGAAGAGAAGGAUGGAGAGGAGAAGAAAGAUGUAAAAGAAGAAGAGAAAAUGGUUGAGGAGAAAAUGGACACAAAGGGGGCAAAAGAAGAGUUGAAAAGCACCUGAGAAGCUGCAAGCCCCCACUUAUACAGAUCUGCAUGAUUUUACAGUAGUAUGAAUACCUCCCCACCCCAAUCCCCGACCUAGAACAUUAGCCAAAACGAAGAACUGUAAAUUAUUUUAUAAAAAACAUUGUACUGUUUGCGUUCUGGCAGGAUUUCAAGGAAAUGUUAUUGAAUUGCAAGUAUGAUAUUUUUUUUCUUCUCCCAAAUGCCAGUUGGUGUGAAAUAUUUACAUCUGCUGCUUUCCCUCUGUAUAAAUCGUGUAAAUAUCACAGGCAUUUUUGUGUACUCCAGGCUUGCAGGACCAGUCAGCUUUGUCAGUGCGAAGUGAGCAAACGGUCACCUGUUGAUCUUUCUUUCUUUAGUGUUUGAUUUACCAGCAAGUCACUAAAAUCAUGAGUUUUUUGUUUGUUGUCAGUAAAUGUCGGCACUUUCUCAUUUCAUCCAUUACUUUUUUACUCUGCUUUCGUACUAUCUUAGACGUCAAAAUGUCUCCUUAUUGAGAAAUCUCUCAAAGGAUUGUGAUUGGUUUUAUUGAAAAUGGGAAUGUAAGGAAAUAAGGAUGGCACAGCCUUUUAGGUAUUACUGUAUGCAGUCUGAGGGUCCAGUGGUUUACAGAAUAACACACAUGGUUAUAUACGUGUGUGUGUGUGUGUGUUAGUGUUUGUCCUUUGCCGUCUAGUCCCUCCUGGUUUAGCAUUGUUUGGACCCCCUUUACAUUCCCUACAUAAAAUUGGCUACACUGAAAAUGGACCCUGUAUGAGUUGCAAGGUACUGUGAGAGGAACUGUAAAUCAGCACAGCCAGCAUGCGUGAGGGGCCACCAGUGGACUGCAUGGAUAAGACUGGACACGCUUCAGUUUGCAUCAGCUUUAUGGCCACUGAGGUGCUUCAUAAACCAUUGGAUAGCUACUUAUAAUGUGCCUGUACAGCUUGUCAUUUUUUUUUGGCAGGCUAUAUUGUACAUCGCUUGAUUUAAACAAAUGUGAAGUUUUCUAAAAUUGUAUAAAUGUUCCACACAUACAAUCUGAAGGGGGCUGCCAGGUUUUUUUUUUAACCUUAGAGUUGACUGUUUUUAGUCCUGAAGAAGCAUCUUUUGGAAGCAUCUCUGUAUAGCUCAGACACUGAAUUCCUAUCGGGUGACCCUAGUCCAGGGGUGCACAACAAGGGCUGAUCCAUUUCAGGAUUUUGUGCCUACUUCUCUUAAUGAUUUUAUGAGCUCAAUUAUAUCUUAAGUCUGAAAUUUGUAUAAGCAGCAGCUACAGCCACAGACUGCAAAAUGUACCCUAAAGGUUUUGGCGUGCUCACGUACAGGAUUGAACCGGUGUGGUCUAUAGAGUUGUCAGAAAACAAAAUUUAAUCAACUAAAAUUAAGGUAAUUGGAUGGAACAAAAAUCAGCACACACACCAGCCCUCCAUGACAGGAGUUGUGCACCCCUGUCCGAGUCAUUACUCAUUGAACGUGUGCAGGGGUUUUAGGUUCUUAUCUGGUGAGUGAAAAUGUUUUGAGGGUUUUUCAAUGAGACAUUUAGGUUUUUCCUGUUUUUUUACCUUUUGGGUUUCUUUAUUAAGGAACUAGGCUACGUUUAUAUUUUUAGGUUAACUGUGGACUGCGUAAGUGAUCUUGUCAAAAAUCUGGAUUUAUUUUGUGAUACUUGAGAUUUUAUACCGGCUUCAGCAUUGUUUUUCAUUAUUUUGUCUUUAUUCCCAGUAAAGGAGCGACAGAUUGCAGCACAGAAGUGCGUAUGAAAGGUUAGAGUUAUAAAAUAUUUAACUGCAUAUUUGUGUCUGCACUGUGCACCAUUUUCUUUUGUUUGUUUGGUUUAAUUGGCAAGAGCAGUUUGGUGUUAGAGGGACAUUCUUUUUUGGGAAACGUAUUUCUACUCAUUUGGUUCUGUAUUUUAAAUAAAGUAUGUCGUUAUGCUGAAAAA